AAAGCACUCUCUCUCUCUCUCUCUCUCUCUCUCUCUCUCUUUAUCCAUGGAAGCAUCACCCCUCCCACCCAUGCCCUGACGCACCACCGUAUUCCAGGCCCUGCAGACCCAUCCUGCCUCCCCCCUCCUCCCUCCUCAUCCUCCUCCCAGCCCACCCUCCUAGACUGAAGCAGGGAGAGGCCGCGCAACACACACACACACACACUGCGCGAGAGAAUACCAUGGAAUAACAUCCAGCGUAUCAUCGCCGGGACUCUGCCAUCAGGGUGAUCGGGGCCUCCAGCUCCACAACUCCAUCAGCAUGGCUGGAGCCUCAGUGAAGGUGGCGGUGAGGGUCCGCCCCUUCAAUUCCAGAGAAAUCGGAAAAGAGAGCAAGUGCAUUAUCCAGAUGUCAGGAAACACCACCACAAUUUUAAACCCGAAACAACCUAAAGAGAACAAGAGCUUCAACUUUGACUACUCCUACUGGUCCCACACCUCGCCGGAGGAUAUUAACUUUGCCUGCCAGAAGCAGGUGUAUAAGGAUAUCGGGGAGGAGAUGCUGCUGCAUGCGUUUGAAGGAUAUAAUGUCUGCAUCUUCGCCUAUGGACAGACUGGAGCGGGAAAGUCCUACACCAUGAUGGGCAAACAGGAAAAGGACCAGCAGGGCAUCAUUCCUCUGCUCUGUGAAGACCUGUUCACCAAGAUCAAUGACAAUAAUGACAACAACAUGUCGUACUCCGUGGAGGUCAGCUACAUGGAGAUCUACUGUGAGCGUGUGCGAGAUCUGCUGAAUCCCAAAAACAAAGGAAACCUGCGGGUGCGAGAGCAUCCACUCAUGGGGCCGUACGUGGAGGAUCUGUCCAAACUGGCCGUCACGUCCUACAACGACAUCCAGGACCUGAUGGACUCUGGAAACAAAGCCAGGACUGUGGCGGCCACCAACAUGAACGAGACCAGCAGUCGUUCCCACGCUGUGUUCAACAUCAUCUUCACACAGAAACGACACGACAGUGACACAGACAACACCUUGGAGAAGGUCAGCAAGAUCAGCCUGGUGGACUUGGCUGGCAGCGAAAGAGCUGAUUCAACUGGAGCCAAAGGAACCCGACUGAAGGAAGGAGCCAAUAUUAACAAAUCUCUGACAACCCUGGGAAAAGUCAUUUCUGCUUUAGCUGAAGUGGACUCCCUACCAAAUAAGAACAAAAAGAAGAAGAAGGCGGAGAGCUUCAUUCCCUACAGAGACUCUGUGCUCACCUGGCUGCUUAGGGAAAAUCUGGGUGGUAACUCUCGUACAGCCAUGGUAGCAGCUCUGAGCCCUGCAGAUAUCAACUAUGAUGAGACCCUCAGCACCCUCAGGUACGCAGACCGAGCCAAACAGAUCCGCUGCAACGCCGUCAUCAACGAAGAUCCCAACAACCGGCUGGUGCGUGAGCUGAAGGAGGAGGUGGCCAGACUGAAGGACCUCCUCUACGCUCAGGGUCUUGGAGAUAUAAUUGAAACGUAUCAAGCUACUGGGCCUGGGAUACCUGCUCUGAAAUAUCUGUCCAAUUACAAGACUAAUGUCACUAGUGUCCAGGCAGUCAGUCAAAGGGAUCAUCUCUCCACAGUGACCAACGCCAUGACGGGGAUGAGCCCGUCCCCGUCCCUCUCCGCCCUCUCCGCCCUGUCCAGCCGGGCCGGCUCCAUCAGCAGCCUGCACGACCGCAUCAUGUUCAGCCCCGGCAGCGAGGAGGCCAUCGAGAGGCUGAAGGAAACGGAGAAGAUCAUCGCGGAGCUGAACGAGACCUGGGAGGAGAAACUGCGGCGUACAGAGGCCAUUCGCAUGGAGAGGGAGGCUCUACUGGCUGAAAUGGGAGUGGCCAUGAGGGAAGAUGGAGGCACAGUUGGAGUGUUCUCCCCUAAAAAGACGCCUCAUCUGGUCAACCUGAAUGAAGAUCCUCUGAUGUCCGAGUGUUUACUGUAUUACAUCAAGGAUGGAAUCACCAAAGUGGGGCGUGAAGAUGCCAGCUGUAGGCAGGACAUUGUCCUGAGCGGUCACUUCAUCGAGGAGGAGCACUGCCUCUUCACCAGCAGCACCGGUGCAUCUGGAGAGGGAGUGGUGGUGCUGGAGCCGUGCAAGGAUGCAGAGACGUAUGUGAACGGCAAGAGAGUGACGGAGCCCACUGUUCUCAGAUCAGGCAACCGUAUCAUCAUGGGGAAGAGCCACGUGUUCCGCUUUAACGAUCCAGAGCAGGCCAGGCAGGAACGGGAGCGGACGCCCUGUGCUGAGACGCCCGUGGAACCCGUGGACUGGGCCUUCGCCCAGAGAGAGCUGCUGGAGAAACAGGGCAUCGACAUGAAGCAAGAGAUGGAGCAGAGACUGCAGGAGCUGGAGGAUCAGUACCGCAGAGAGAGAGAAGAAGCCAGCAACCUUCUGGAACAGCAGAGACUGGAUUAUGAGAGCAAGCUGGAGGCUCUCCAGAGGCAGGUCGAUUCCCGAUAUUACCCAGAAACCACAGAGGAGGAGGAGGAGCCAGAGGAAGAAGUGGCGUGGACGAACCGUGAGACUGAGCUGGCGCUCUGGGCUUUCCGUAAAUGGCGCUUCUACCAGUUCACCUCCCUGAGAGACCUGCUGUGGGGAAAUGCCAUCUUCCUCAAAGAGGCCAAUGCCAUCAGUGUGGAGCUCAAGAAGAAGGUUCAGUUCCAGUUUGUGUUGCUGACGGACACGCUCUACUCUCCCCUCCCUCCGGAUCUCCUGCCCCCCAGCAUAGCCAAAGACAGAGAGAAACGCCCCUUCCCUCGCACCAUUGUAGCUGUGGAGGUCCAGGACCAGAAAAAUGGAGCCACACACUACUGGACCUUAGAGAAGCUGAGACAGAGACUGGACCUGAUGAGAGAGAUGUACGAUCGGGCAGCUGAAGUUCCCAGCUCUGCCAUGGAGGACUGUGACCACGCUCUGACCGGCGGUGACCCGUUCUACGACCGGUUCCCCUGGUUCCGACUUGUUGGGAGCACCCCCAUACUGAACACGUGCAUGAGCGAGCGCAUGAGUGACCCCACCCCCUCCCCCACCCUCUCCGACCCCGAGUCUGACAUUACCGAGCUCGCAGACGAGCGGCAUUAUGGGAAGGUGGAGGAGGAGUUGGAGGAGGAGCUGGAGGACCUGGAUGCUGAGAGCUUUGCGGAGGACGGGGGCUCGGACCCGCGGGAGGGGUCUCCGUGUCCCAGAGCCGGCGAAGGCCAGGACCCCUUUUACGACCGCUGGCCCCUGUUCAGUUUAGUGGGAAGGGCGUUUGUUUACCUGAGCAACCUGCUGUACCCCGUCCCGCUGGUCCACCGGGUGGCGAUAGUGAGCGAGAAGGGGGAGGUGAAGGGUUUCCUGCGGGUGGCAGUGCAGGCCAUCUCCGCCGAUGAAGAAGCUCCAGAUUACGGCUCAGGAGUUCGGCAGUCUGGAACUGCUAAGAUCUCUUUCGAGGACCAGCAAUUCGAGAAGUUUCAGACAGAAUCAUGCACUGGGGGCAUGUCCCACUCCAACACGUCUCAGGAGGAGCUGCGGAUCGUCGAGGGGGAGGGGCAAAGCUCUGACCUCAGCCUAUCAGCUGACGAGGUCAACAACAACACCUGCACAGACAGUCCAGAUGCUCCUGCUAGCCCGCUGAAGUCUCUGGAGGUUACAGGAGAUAUCCUGCAGGAGAAAGCCUUCCAGCACCUGAAAAUCGGCAGCACUUUCACCUUCAGAGUGACCGUCCUGCAGGCCUCCAGCAUCUCCGCUGAAUACGCAGAUAUCUUCUGCCAGUUCAACUUCAUUCACAGGCACGAUGAGGCUUUCUCCACCGAGCCCCUGAAAAACACAGGCAGAGGACCUCCUCUCGGCUUCUACCACGUUCAGAACAUUACAGUGGAGGUCACAAAGUCUUUCGUGGAGUACAUCAAGAGUCAGCCGAUAGUGUUUGAAGUGUUUGGACACUACCAGAAGCAGCCCUUCCCUCCUCUCUGUAAAGAUCUCAUCAGUCCCCUACGCCCAUCCAGAAGACAGUUCCCCCGAGUGAUGCCCUUAUCCAAACCAGUGCCAGCCACCAAACUGGGUGCCAUGACCCGCUCCUCAGCCGGACCGUGCCACUGCAAAUACGACCUGAUGGCCUUCUUUGAGAUCUGUGAGCUGGAGGCUAAUGGAGACUAUAUCCCAGCUGUGGUGGAUCACAGAGGAGGAAUGCCCUGCCACGGGACCUUCCUCUUACACCAGGGCAUCCAAAGGAGAAUCACAGUGACUAUAGCUCAUGAAUCGGGCCGUGAUAUUGAGUGGAAGGAGGUUAAGGAGCUGGUCAUUGGACGAAUCCGUAACACACCUGAGGCUGAUGAGACCAUCAUCGACCCCAACAUCCUCUCCCUCAACAUCCUGUCUGCUGGUUCCUACAGACCCUCAUACGACGACAGUGUGUCGUUGGGAAUUGAUCAUAGGAGGUUUUACCGGUUUGAGGCAGCGUGGGACAGCUCCAUGCACAAUUCCCUCCUGCUGAACCGGGUCACACCUUACGGAGAGAAGAUCUACAUCACCCUCUCAGCUUAUCUAGAGAUGGAGAACUGCUCUCAGCCCACGGUCAUCACCAAGGACUUCUGCAUGGUGUUUUACUCCAGAGACGCCAAACUUCCUGCGUCCCGCUCCAUCCGGAACCUCUUCAGCACCGGAGUCCUCAGACCCUCCGAGAGUAAUCGUGUGACUGGAGUUUAUGAGAUCAGCCUGUGUCACCUAGCAGAUGCUGGGAGUCCAGGUAUGCAGAGGAGGCGUCGUCGGGUGCUGGACACCUCAGUAGCGUACGUCCGCGGGGAGGAGAACCUGGCUGGCUGGAGGCCACGCAGUGACAGCCUCAUUCUGGACCACCAGUGGGAGCUGGAGAAGCUCAGUCUACUGCAGGAGGUUGAGAAGACGAGGCACUACCUGCUGCUGAGAGAGAAGCUGGAGGCGUCGCUGCUGUUUGGGCAGGACUCUCUGUGCAGUAAAGACCUGAUGGAGUCUCCAAAAGCCCUCAGCCCCUGCUUCAACCCGGUGGUCAGCCUGGGUCUGGACAGCCCCAACGACAGGCAGAAGGAACUGGCUGCCAAGUGUCUGCGACUGCUCAUGCACACCUUCAACAGGCAGUACAGCCAGGUGAGCAGCAGUGCCAGUGAGAGCAAGCUUUCGGAGAUGUCUGCAUCACUGCUGAGAGACGUCUCCUCCUCCACCCUGAGCACACUGACUCCAUCCACUACCUGCCCAUCACUGGUGGACGGUCACUUCUGCAGCGCUGACCUCAGGAACUCAGAGGGGCAUUCUGGGGCCUCCAGCCCUGAUCUGGAUCCGUUCAGUCCUGAGGAGAGAAAGCCCAGAACCUGUACCUUCGUCCCCAACAUCCAGGAGAUCCGUGUCAGUCCCAUCGUGUCUAAGAAAGGUUACCUGCACUUCCUGGAGCCGCACACCUCCGGCUGGGUGAAGCGCUACGUGGUGGUGCGGCGGCCCUACGUCUACCUGUACCGCAGCGAGCGCGACAGCGUGGAGAGAGCGGUCAUUAACCUGUCCUCCGCUCAGGUGGAGUACAGCGAGGACCAGCAGACCAUGCUGAGGACUCCAAAUACAUUUGCCGUUUGCACUGAGCACCGUGGCAUUCUCCUGCAGGCCAGCAAUGAUAAAGAGAUGCAUGACUGGCUGUACGCCUUCAACCCCCUGCUGGCUGGAACCAUCAGAUCUAAACUCUCCAGGAAGAAAUCUGCUCAGAUGAGGAUGUGAGGGAGGAUCAUCCUCCUCUGUAAUGUCCUGAGAUCAAACGGAAAACCGACAGGCUCCUGUGGUGUAAAUAGAUCAUGUGAAGAGCGCCCCCUGCCUGCCACCCUCAGUACUGCCUCCUGCCUGCCUCUGCACCCUCCCCUGUGUGUGUGUGUGGUUUGUGUGUGUAAGUGUGUGUGAGAAAGAGAGCACAUGGGUGUAUGUAAGUGUAUGUAAGUGUGUGUGUGUGUGUGUGUGUGUGUGUGUCAGACCCGCUUUAGCGAAGUGAUAACUCAGUUCAUAAGUACUGUAACUCUCCAUGAUUGAACCCCUUCUAUACACUUACUGCUUAUAUUAGUGAUAAUGAUAGGAAAGCAGCUUCGUACAGAUAAGCCCCUCCCCCGCGGUAAGCUGUAGGGGGCGUGGCCGCUGUGUAUAACGCGACGCAGUGCUCCGUUUCGUGUGUGUGCUUCUGCAGGUUAGUUGUCCAGUGCUUUAAUUUCCUGAGCUUAUCUAGAACCCUGUUGUUUUAAUCACACCACUGCACUACGAGACGGUACAGAGCUUAGGACGUAUUACAAGACCGUGAUCAAUAACAUCUGUGAUCAAUAACAUCCGUGAUCAAUAACAACAAUCAAGUCCAGCUCCCUAAACCUUUAGCAUUUUUAUUCAUUUUUAUUAAGAUUUUAGCACUUUUUCAUUGACUUUAUUCCUUUCUAUUUAUUUAAUCACUAAUAUUAAUGUUUUAUAAACAUUAUUUAUCUAUUAAGGCACAUUUUUUUUUUGCAUUGCACUUUCAAAUAUAUAAGCUUUCACGCUUUUAUCAUUCAUGAUGCCUUGUAGCAGUUAGCAUUGUAAGAAUAAUAAUUACCCAAUGAUGUAAUAAGAGACAGAAAUGAGGAUCUUGACAUUUUUUAUUAUUAUUUUACCCUUUGUUUUUGGUAAUUUAGUACAUUUUUAAAUUGAUAAUUUAAAAAAACGUAAUAAAAUGAUUUUUGACUAGGUACAAAAUAAUGAGAUAUGGGAUAAUUACUUAGUUUCCCUAAUUAUCUUUAUUAUCUUUAUCUUGCUAUAGUAAGAUAUAUAAAUCUACUGUCUAAAUAUGUUAAAAAAAAUACAAUACAGUUUGAUCAUUUGUAAAACCUUGUGUUCUCUUACUGGUAUUUUUGUUUAAAAAUGAUGGGAUUACAUUUCUUGGAUUACACCACUUCAUUAUUGGGAAAUUAGUAUUAUUAUAUUACAAUAUUAACUGCUACAAACCUGGUAUACUUUGUUUUUUUAAUUGAAAUUAAUUGUUGAUUUGCACAGUUUUGAGUCGUUGGCUGCUAACGCACACCUGACCUCCCUUGAUUUUAUUCUAUUCUAUUCUAUUUAAUUUAUUUAAUUUAAUUGCAUUUUAAGCAUUUUUAACUACUUGACUUCACUGAUUUUAGAUUGAAAGUUCAUUACAGCACCAGAUCAAAUGAGAAUUUGGGUUUAUAUCAAAUUAUGAAUUAUAUUGAAUUGUAUAGAGCAGUUUAUCAGUGAGGGUCAUGUUUUACUGCUUUUCUGACCUCUAUCGCUCCACAUGCAGUGAUUGGCUUAAUCACACAUUGAUCCACAUUCAGUUUCAUUGUUAGUUUUGGAAUUAGAAUCACUAGAUUCUUCUUUACGACCUUAUUUUAAACUGAUUGGAAGUUUUCUAUUUACUCUGUCUACUGACUGCUUGGUUUAUCAGUAUACUCUAGACUCAAGACUCUAGACUAUUGCUUAUAAUUAGUUACACAGCCCAUUUAGCCUUUUCACUUACGAUGCUUUUUUUUUUUUAAGCUAAAUCUGCUUGUGUGUAGUGUAAAUGGUGGAGAAUGACCAGACAGUCAUUCAUCACAGUUUCCAAGCCCACAAAUCCAGAAGGUUUGGACGGCGUGGAGUGGUGUGCCUUGGGCCAGCCAACCCAUUAGAGCACAGACUUUAAAAAAAACACACACUCAAGCAGGUUUUAAAAGUGAUGUAAGUGAUUUGGAUGCUGUCUGGCAUUGGUUUGAAUGUACUGCAGUGCGAAAACAGCCCAAUUCAGCAAAAGUCAUCCUAUUUUUUUUGCCAAAUAAGAAUAAGAAGAUAAUAAGAAGUUGAAGGAUUCUGGCGAUGCCUCUCGGUGCUCCGAUCUGUAGUCCUGUCUGUCCAUUCCCUUAGUUUUGGUCCAUUUGAUAAAGCUCUGUAUGUGACAGCAUGCUGUAUAUAGAUAUUCGACUGUUUAAAGCUAAUGCAUCGAAGCUCAUUUACCUCCCUGCAGUAUAUCAGUAGCAUCUACGUAAGACUACUAGCUAGAACAGAUUAUAUUGUAUUACUCUGUUGGGCCGAGGAACCUCGUUCUGCAGAACCUCAGCCUGCUGAAGGAUUCAGGAGUGCAGUAUAUCAGCACAUUACUGAACAUCUGCAUUAUAACACAUAUUGUAGACGAGCAGGAUAUCUGACGGUCGUUUUUAAAUACUGUAUAAGUGGUGUCUCCCUCUAUCUAUCUAUCUAUCUAUCUAUCUCUCGAUUUCUCUCUCUUCAUCUGUCGCUCCUGCUUCAUCUCUCAGUGGACCAUGUUAAUACUACCUUGCAGAGCAUCUACUGUAUCUCCUCCAAAGCUCCGCCCCUCCAUCACGAGUUCCCUCGCUCUGAUUCUGCAGGACGAAGCGGCGCUCCGGCGCUCGCCCCGCAGACUGAAGUGCGUCUACUGUAACUGCUUCUACAUCUGGGCUGUGUAUAUAAACCAAACUGUGGACGGUCUGGUACGCAGGUGUAACCUCUUUAUACCGUGAGUGGGUAGGCUGUAGUGUACUCAGUGCUCAACCUCUUCGAGUGUUGGACUCAUGUCUUCUAAUGUCUGUGGACACUGUUAACACUUUGUUGGACGUGAAAUAAAUGUGCGACACCAAUGUCAUAAA